GGCUCGCUGUCAAUCAAGUGGAGGGUUGCAGCUGUUCUCAGUCCAGUCAGUCAGGCAGCGUGUUUUCAGUCCACAGGGAAACUCUCCGUGCAGACUUCAAGCACGACUUUUAAAACAUAAUUACCAAGCAGUGCAGUUUAACCAUUUUUUAUAACUAUUCCUUGACAUGCCGCUGUUUCAGGAGGACCCUGCUCAUCUGUCUAAAUCGAGAUUGAAGUCAGAUUUAGUUUCCCACAAUGUCGCGCUGCCACCUGCAAAGAGCAAAAAGGAGGUUUAUGUGGGGUUGCAUUUAAAACACAUCGAUCAGAAACACGCUGCGGAUUUUUCUAGCGAUGAGGAGGAUCAAGCACAAGAUAUGGAAGACAAGGAUUCAGAGGAUGCAGAGGUUCUUGACCCGAGUGCCUUGACUGAUGACGACCUCAAGGCUGCACUGCUCCAACAUGGCGUUAAAGCUGGGCCCAUAGUAGCCUCCACUCGAGCCUUGUAUGAGAAAAAGCUGAGGACGCUGCUUCAGUCCAACGGACAUGAGCUUCUGAAUGGAACAGAGAAAGAUGAAUUGUACUCUGAUAGUGAAGAAGAAGAGGAAAAUGGUGAAGAAGAGGGCAGAGAGUCAGAAUCCGAAGGAGAAAUAGAGGAAACAGUUGAACAGUCAGAGGACGCCCAACAAGAGAGAGGCAAGGUUAAGCCUUAUUUUCAGAAAGGUGGUUUUGUUUACCCGCAGUGCUUUUUACCUUCAUCAAGGCUGCAGGCUCAUGCUUCCAGUAACAGGCAACCUGCUCAGAAGUGGAAUUCAGGGAAUGCAGUAAAAGCAUCAGAGCGGAGUCAGUCUCAAUGCUCACAGAUUCCCGCAGGAAUAAGUAGAGCAUCGUCUGUAGAUCAACUCUCAGGAUUAGGAUCAGGGGUACUCUCUGGAUCGCAAUCAGUUAAGCCCAACAGCUGCUCGUCAUUUUCCUCUCAGGCCUUCAGCAUCACUCAAAUGGUUGAGGAGCAGAUGGAGAGUCAAGCGUCGCUCUCUGCUAGCACUGACACUGAGAAAGGGCUGAAUGGGAGUAAUGUGCAGGAUCGUUGGUCACGGUCCAGCAGGCAGGACAUAUCAAAUCAAGACAAGAACAACAUGAGGAAUAAUACCCUGUACUACACUCCAAAGAGUUCUCCGUGUAUAAGGGGAAUGAAGCCACAUACACUCUCUCAGGAACCUGUGAAAGAUAUUUACAAGGAAAUGUUCCCAGAUGCAGUGACCACACCAACAGGAAUCUACGCCUCUCGUCGGAGACCCAUCAAGGGUGCAGCAGGGAGACCUAUCCAGUACGCUUACCCAGACUCCCCCCUCAGUCCCACAACUCUGGAGAGACGAGAGGUGGAGCGCCGCCUUGUGCCUAUCCAUAUACAACUUGUGGUCUUCUUCAUUGUGGCCUGCCUCCUUUACCUCUUUUAUGUUUUUGCCGAGGACGGCUCGUUCACCCCAGUCAUGGACUUACUGGAUAGUCUAAACCAAGAGUCGGACAGUGGAGAGGGGCUUAUGCUAUAGGCUGAGACACAGGAAACUGCAUCACUCUCUGGACAGGAGUAGCCUCUGUUUUCUUCUUCUGCAUGGACUUACACAUGUGAGAUGUUGAUUUUUCAUAGAUGUAAGUCAUAAUGACUUUGUCUUGGGAUAUCUUCAGGGAAAACAUUUAAUUCACUUUGUCUUGUUGAUAAUAAUGUUUGUGUGUUUGAAUGGAAAUAUACCUCAAAAUCCAGUUUUACAUUUUUAUAUUUUUUGAUUAUGGUUAUUAUACCAUAGGACUCUUGUAGUUGAACCAUAAAAUGCAGGUAUUCAGUUAAUAUUUUAAGAGGCUGAUGACAUGAUUAUGCAAACAUUUUUGUACUUCCUAACCAAACGGUGUCACGUUAAUGAUUUGCUGUCACUGUACGGUGUGUUACUUUUAAAUGUUGGAAUUAUACUUAAAUAAAGGAUAUUUUGCUUCAUA